UCACCAAAGUUAAAUACAUACGUUACAUAGAGAGGCAUUAGCAGUCUGAAAUUUGAGAGUUGACCAUUUAACACAAUCCUUUGAAAUGAAAAUCUUGACUGUAAUUAUAUUUGAGGUCUGUUUUUUGUCAUGGUCCAUUGCUAUGUACUUUGAUUUGGGUGAACAAGAGGAGAAGUGCAUCAUUGAGGAAAUCCCAGAGGACACACUGGUAACAGGCUACUUUCUGUUAGAACACUGGGAUGCAAACAAGCCAGCCAAUACUCCUCAUCUUGGCAUGACAGUCAAAAUCCGAGACCCAAAUCAUGAGAUACUGAUGCUGAAACGGUAUGGCAAAUAUGGAAAAUUUACCUUCACAUCACAUGCUUCGGGGCAGCAUUUUCUAUGUAUGCAGUCAAACUCGACUAGGUUCUCUGUCUUUGCAGGAGAAAGGCUGAGAGUCCAUUUAGAUGUACAAAUGGGAGAACACUCCAUCGAUCCCAGUGCUGUCAAAGCCAAAGACACGGUCAAAACAAUGGAGUACAGUCUACAGCACCUUAUUGACCAAAUGAAUUACAUUGCUCGUCAACAAGAUUAUCAAAGGGAACGAGAAGAAACCUUUCGAGAGAUCAGUGAGCAGACAAACUGGAGCGUUUUAUGGUGGGCCAUUAUUCAGACAGCAAUACUACUUUCUGUUGGAUUCUGGCAGAUCAAGAGGCUGAAGGACUUUCUUAUAGAAAAGAAACUGGUUUGACGUUAUGCUGGCAGUUCUUGUUGUGGUAGUUGUUGGUGGUAUGUUUUGAACAAAAUCGUGUUGGCAUCAACACACCAAAAUGGGAACAGCAUUAAACUAUGAUUAUAGACUGUAGGAUAUGUAUGGUGACUGAAUAAACCUGCCAAUAGUUAAUCAAGAGUCUGUAGGCAAUUCUAAAUUAUCUGACAAGGAAAGUGACAAAAUAAAUUAAAUAAUUACUUAUACCCUUGACCAUUAAAGUGCACA